AGAAGAGAGAACCCAGCAGAAGACUUGUGAUACAGAACAGGUCAAAAGAAGAAGAAGAAGAAAUUAUAGGUCAAAAGAAGAAGAAGAAGAAGAAAGUGGUGGAGUGGACCAUGAAACGGAUAAACUAGUGUCAACCGCGGGAUUCUGGGAGUACAAGAUACCUGAACACUAAUGGAGGACCGUUUGCUGGCCCGCAUUGGUCCCACGGGCGGUGGAGACGUACGAGCUGCCUGCAAGAAAUGUGGAUAUCCUGGGCAUCUGACUUACCAGUGUAGGAAUUUUGUCAAGGUGGACCCCAAGAAGGAUGUUGUGCUUGAUGUGUCCUCAACAUCCUCCGAGGAGAGUGACCAUGACACUCCUCUCACACAACUGCAGGCACAAGAACUAAUGACAAAGGCGAAGAAAAGUCAACCAUUGAAGAAAGAAAAGAAAAAGAAGAAAAAGAAGGAGAGAGAUAAGUCUCGCAGCAGAAGUAGGAACAGGUCAGAGGAGAAGCAGCAUAAGAGGUCAAGGUCUUCUUCAAGUGAGGAACACCACAAGAAAUCUCACAAGAAAAAACACAAGAAAGAAAAGAAAAAGAAAAAGAAAAGGAGUAGGUCUAGAGACUAAGAAAUUUUAAGGACAAAACUUCCCUGUUUUUUUGUUGAAGCAUCUGUUGACAAGUAGAGAAGUUUUACAAGAGUACGAGAGGUUAGAAUCUUCAAGUGUAGAAUGGUUGGCAACUGUCACUAAAAAAAAAUGAUCAUUUUGAAAAAGACAAGCAAAUGUUGAUUUUUGUAAGAGAAAGAACAUUGGAAAUACCUGUUUUUUUUUGUGAAAGUCAGUUUUAGAUAGGGGAAUAUGCUUCAUGUGAAUGGAAAACACAACUAUGUAUUAUGAAGAAAAAAAACAGGAUGAUAAAAGUAAUAAAAUUUAAUGUGAA